CUAGCGCGCAUACGCUAUCUAGAGGAAACACGCGUUACAAAAGUCGUCUCAGGCGGCUAUAUGAGCGGUGCGCUCAGUGAGCAGGGAGAGCUGUUUCUCUGGGGUAUGCCAUGUCCUGGGGGAAGCGGUGAGUUGCUUUUGUUGAGAAACCAAGGAGGACAUGAGCAACAACAACAACAACAACAACAACAACAACAACAACAACAACAACAACAACAACAAGAAGAACAGGAUGAGUUUGUCAAGGUAGUGGAUGUCAGGAUUCAUGGGGCCGAGGCGAGCGUCUAUGAUGUUGCCAUUGGACAUGGCCAUGUGCUAGUGGCGGCCGAGUGCGAGGGCGAGAGAGCCGUUUUUGCGGCGGGGGAGAAUAGUCGUGGACAGCUGGGGUUGGAUGGGCCUGACUUUUGUAACGUGUUUCGUGAAGUCGUGGCUUUGCGGGGUAAGCGAGUAGUACAACUAUAUGCUGCAGGAUGGUCUAGUUAUGUCGUUACACUCGAAGAGUAA